UUCUAGAAGUACUGAAAACAGUAAAAUUGUUAGUACACCCGAAUUAAACCGUAAACUAUAACAGUUGAUAUGAUACACAUUAAAAUUAUUCUUUUGAUUAGUCUGGCAGCAUUCGUGGCGUGUGGUGGCGGCAGUGAUGAACUACCUAAAAAUGACGGUAAACCAAUAAGCGAAGAAGUAUUCGACGAAGUAGAAGUGGAUGCAGCAUUGGGUCGAGUAUUGCAUAAAAUGAAAAGUAUUUUAAAAGAUAAAGAAGAAUCACAGACCCUUACGCAGUUACAACAACCAUUAUCAAUUGAUACAAACUCUCAAGAACGAAACAAGAGAACACACGGAGUUGGUAGUAGUGGAGUAGGCUCAUCCUCGUCUAACCAACCAUACACCAGGACGGUUAAUGUUGGUGGUAAAACAACUUAUCAGGAAAGAUACCAUGGUUAUAUAGGUGAAAUUAACCAACAUGUAGAUGGUAAACGCCUAACAGUUAAAGGCGAUACACUCUACAUCGACCAGAAAGUAGUCCAGGAGUUAAUGCAACGGAGAGGCCAUUACUAA